AUGUGGGAACUACUUUUGGACCAUGGGAAAUUCAUCGACUCGUUCUGCGAUCCACAGUUCGUGAGGGAGGAUUUCAAGGGUGCUCUCGGUGCCUUCACGCCAUGCUUCACAGAUAUAGUCAUCCUUGGCACAGCGCACAUUUGCGCAGUACUGCUGACAACUGCGCGGCUGCUGUUUGUGAGGCGGCGCUGUCGCUUCCAGCCAUACCGGCUGCAUGGCUUGGCGCGGGUCAUGCAGUUCAGCGCCGUUGUGGCCUCGCUGCUGUGCCUCCUGGUGGAGCUUUUCCAGCUGAAUGCGCGGAUUGCUGCAGACCCCACCCCUCUCAUCCAAGGGAAUAUCGCGCCCUUUGAGUGGGCAGAGUACGGGCUGUCUGCAGUGACGUGGCUGCUGUUCUCUGUCGCAUUUAUCUGCGAGCUGAACAAAUUUGUGCCACACCGCACAUGGCUGUUGCGCUUCCCCAUCCUCUUCAUCUUUGCUGGCGAGAUUGCAAAGCUCAGAUUUGUGGUGCUAAUGGCGGAGCAGCAUGACUACUUCUUUAUUCUGUACAUCAUCAGCUUUGCAGCAGAGGGGUGGCUGGCUGUGUUGGCUCUGUUCCAUUACCCCAGCGAGGAUAAUAUGGAGCCCCUUCCCGAUGACCCCAACAACCCUGUCAUCUACCAGGCAAGCUUGCUUCUCGUGGAACUGCCCAGCUCUGCACCCAAUGAUGAGACCAUCUGCCCUGAGGCCACAGCCAAUAUAUUUUCCACCGUCACAUUCUCCUGGGUCAGCGCGCUCAUGAAGAAGGGUUACAAGAAGCCCCUGCAGUUUGAGGACAUGUGGAAGCUGCCACCUGGAGAUGAAGUCAGCUACCUUGCCUCGCGCUUUGAGCGCGCAUGGCAGAAGGAGCUCACUAAGAAGAAUCCUUCGCUGACGCUGGCGGUGUGGAAGACAACAUGGCAGCUGUUCGCGACCGCGUUGCCCUUCAAGCUGGUGAAUGACGGCGCCACCUUCAUCGGUCCUGUCUUUCUGAAUCUGCUGCUGGGAGUGGUAUCUUCUGGGCAGUCGUCGGCGCUGGGGUACAGCUACGCGGCACUGAUGUUUGUAGGGCUGAUCUUCGGCACGCUCUGCGACAAUCAGCACUUCCAGCGCGUCAUGCGCGCAGGCUACCAGCUUCGCGCACUGCUGGUGCAUGAGACGUUCAAGAAGGUGCUCUACAUCGCACCGUCCGCGCGCGCCGACUUCUCCUCCGGCCGCGUGUUCAACCUGGUGACUUCAGACGCGGAGACGCUGCAAAUGCUGUGCCAAAACAUCAUGGGUUUGAUUUCCUCGCCGCUGCGCAUCACUGUCGCCAUGGUCAUGCUGUACCUGGAGUUGGGCAUCUCUUCUGUCGUCGCUCUCGGCGUGCUGCUGCUGCUCAUGCCCACUCAGGCGUACCUGGUGCGCGUGGGGGUGCGGCUGCAGAAGGAGGCGCUGCUGUUCACGGACGAGCGCGGCAAGCUGGAGGGCGAACUCCUCAACGGCAUCGACGUCGUCAAGUGCAACUCCUGGGAGUGGUCGAUGUGGGACCGAAUCCAGGCAGUGCGCAACCAGGAGCUGGGAACGCUGUGGCGCUCAUUCAUUGUGCAGGCGCUCUUUGGCUUCACUCUCAACACCAUCCCAGUUCUGGUCUCCGUGCUCACCUUCGGCGUCUAUGUGCUGCUCGGCAACAAGCUCACCGCCGCCGAGGCCUUCACCUCCCUCGCGCUCUUCACGGUGACCUUCCUGUACCUUCAUGUGCUGCGCAUGCCGCUGUUCCAGCUGCCACAGCUGAUUACUCAGCUGGUCAAUGCACGCGUGGCCAUGACUCGUCUGCAGGAAUUCCUUUCCGCCCCUCAGCAGCCACCCACUCGCUUCCUCCCCCCUGCAGAGCCAGGUGAGGCGGCAGUGAAGGUGGUGGGGGAGUUCACAUGGGACAGGGCAGCGCCGGCCUCUCUGGUGGACAUUGAUCUGUCUGUGCCGAAAGGCGCCCUUGUGGCAGUGGUCGGCCAGACCGGGAGCGGCAAGUCUUCGCUGCUGUCUGCAGCACUCAACCUCAUGCAGCAGUUGCACGGGCCUGAUGUGCUCGUGCGGGGCAAGGUGGCGUACAUUCCCCAGGCGGCCUUCAUAUACAACGCGACGGUGCGCGAGAACAUUUUGUUUGGGCAGCCCUUUGAGGAGGAGCGCUACCAGAGGGCCAUCGAGGCCGCAGCCCUUGGGCCAGACCUGCUCCAGCUCUCAGCUGGCGAUCUGACCGAGCUGGGAGACAGGGGAGUGAAUGUGAGUGGAGGCCAGAAGCAGCGCAUCUCUCUUGCCAGGGCCACCUACGCGGAUGCUGACGUCAUCCUCCUCGAUGACCCCCUCUCUGCCCUUGACGCCCAGGUGGCGAGGGAGGUGUUCAACAAGUGCCUGAUGGGCGAGCUGCGCCACAAGACGCGCAUCCUGGUGACUAACCAGCUGCAGUUUGUCAGCCCGGCAGACACAGCCAUCUUCAUGUCCUGCGGGCGCAUCGCAGAGAUCGGCUCCUAUUCCACGCUCAUGUCCCGCGGGGACUCCUUCGCGCAGCUGAUGUCACAGGCCGAGGUGGAGCAGGAUGAUGAGAAAGUGAAGGAGGCAGCGGAUGUGGCCAUCAAGGCGUUUGAGGGCGGCACAGUGCCCAAUGGCGUGGCGGCUCCGCGCGAGGCGCCGCCGCCGCCUGCCAAAAAGCCGAGCGAGACUGACGGGCACCUGACUGAGAAGGAGACUCGCUCAACAGGCCGGAUAUCCCUCAAGGUAGUCAACACCUACAUCAACGCCAUGGGCGGCAAGCUCAGGUUCGGCAUUCUGAUGUCGUGGUUUCUCAUCGUGGAGGCCGCGCGCGUGGCCGCCACUGUAUGGCUCUCCUACUGGACUGACACCGUCGACCAGCCGGGUGGCGCACCCCACGGGCCCCUUUGGUACCUCAUGAUCUACACCAUCAUCUCAGGCAUCCAGGUGCUGUUUGUGCUACUGAGCCAGUUCCUGCUCAAGGGCCUCAGCCUGGCAGCGGCGCGCUUCCUGCACAACUCCAUGCUGCGCCAGCUCCUCAGGGCUCCGAUGGCGUUCUUCCACACGACGCCGCUGGGUCGCAUCAUCAACCGGCUGACCAAGGACACGGUGGACGCCGACAAGAACCUGGCGGACUUUGCUGCGUUCUUCCUGCGCUCCCUCCUGCAGCUGGCAUCCACCAUCGCCCUCAUCGGCAUCGUGACCCCCUUUGCUCUGCCCGCCCUGGUCCCCAUCCUGCUUGUCUUCUACUUCCUCUACCAGUACUUCCAGGCGUCGGUGCGGGAGGUAAAGCGGCUGGACAGCAUAUCGCGGUCGCCUGUCUACUCCUCCAUCGGCGAGGCGCUGGCCGGCCUGGCCACCAUCCGCGCGUUCAGAGCCGAGCAGCGCCUGUGCAGCCGCAACGCCGAGCUCGUGGACAACUCCGUCACCAUGUCCCUCGUCAACAUGUGGUUGAGUGUGCGGCUGGAGACUCUGGGAGCGCUGGCGGCGCUGGCCGCGGCCGUGCUGACUGUGGAGCAGCGGGGAGCCGCGUCCACUUUUGGCCUUGUGCUGUCCUACGCGCUCAGCAUCACCAUGCUCACUUCCAUGACGGUACGGCUUGCGAGCGUGGCGGAGAACAGCUUCAACGCGGUGGAGCGCAUCAGCGAGUUCUGCGACCUGCCCCAAGAGGCGCCCGAAGAAAUUCGCGGUUCCAAGCCUGACGACUGGCCCGACAAGGGCCGGGUGGAGUUCAACUGGGUGCAGAUGCGCUACCGGGACGGCCUGCCGCUGGUUCUCAAGGGCCUGACCGUGGAGAUAGCGGCGGGGUCGCGGUGCGGAGUGGUGGGGCGAACGGGAGCGGGCAAGAGCUCGCUGAUUAACUGCCUGUUCAGGCUGCAGGAGCUCAGCGGCGGCAGCAUCGUCAUCGACGGCGUCGACAUCGCCAAGAUGGGCCUCAAGCAGCUGCGCUCCUCCAUGGCCAUCAUACCCCAGGUGCCGGUGCUGUUUACGGGGACGCUGCGAUUCAACCUGACGCCGUUUGGGGAGCACAGCGACGCGGAGUGCUGGGCGGCGCUGCGGCGCGCGCACUUAUCAGAGAUGGUGGAGGCAACGCCCCUGGGCUUGGACCUGGUGCUGUCCGAGGGGGGCGCCCCCCUGUCGGCAGGCCAGAAGCAGCUCGUCGCCCUCGCCCGCGCCCUCCUGCGCCACUCCAAGAUCCUGGUGAUGGACGAGGCGACGGCGAAUGUGGACGUGGAGACGGACGCGCUGAUCCAGAAGACGGUGCGCGAGGAGUUUGCGACCUGCACCCUCAUCGCGAUCGCGCAUCGGCUGCACACCAUCAUCGACGCAGACCAGGUCGUCGUCAUGGAUCGGGGCACCGCCGCCGAGUCCGGCCGCCCCGCCGACCUGCUCGCCAACGAACGCGGAGUCUUCUCCGGCAUGGUGGCGGAGACGGGAGAGGCGACGGCGCGUUUCCUGCGCAGCGUAGCGGAGGGCGAGGUGGACCAGCGAGAGGCACUCAAUGAGCAGGCAGCGCUCGGGCUCCAACGCGUGCGCUCAGUCAAGGAGGACCAGGGCGGCCGCCCUGGCAAGGACUCCUGCCGCAUCGCCUCCCACGAGCUGAUUGAGAAGGCGCGCGGCGCGGAGAGUCUGCUGCAGGCGUGCUUGGGGGCGCUGAGCAAUGAGGCCAGCUCAGCGGAGGUGAGGGAACGCCUGGGACUGCUGCCAGUGGAGGAGGAGGGCGGCAAGAAGAAGGACGCCAAUGCAGUGCACAAGGCCCUGCUGCAGGCGCUGCAGCUGGUGUCGGAUGUGCAUGCGCUAGCGGAUCAGGUGCGGCUCAAGUGCGGCACCAGGACCCCCGAAGGCGGCAUCUCCGGCACAAUCACCCCCCGCUACUCGCUCAAUUCCCCCUCUGAAGGCCAGGGGGGUGGAGGGUUUGAUGCGCUGGCAGACUCCCCGGCGGGGCCAUCCAGGGGCGUUCCUAUCCGCGGCGCUUCAGCUCCUCCGAGCGGCGGCUACCAGCGGUCGCAGUCGCUGGACAUUCCCCGCAUGGAGCCGGGCAGCGCCACUGCGCGCAGGCUGAACCUGCUCAGGAAUCUGAGAGAAAAGGGCGAAGACAAGGCGGGUCGGAAUGAGUACAGCAGGCUUGCAUCGGAGGACCCAUCACUCGCAAAUGAUCCUAGCUUGCAUUGAGCAGGGGAUCAACUCAGCAUAAGAUCAUUCUUUGACAGCGCGCCAGUCCAUGUGGACUGAUCAUGGGAAUGGAUGAAGAAGGCUUGUUGUGCGAUGUGAGGAGAAAGACCCUAGAAUAGUUCUCUGGCCUUUGGACUAUCGCUCAUUCCCUCUUGAGGUUUCUUUGAUCGCUUGAUUGACAACAGUGAAACCUUAGUACUGUGAAACUAUAGCUGUUUGGCCUUGGCUGGCGGGGAGCGGUGUGACUGCUGAGCAAAGUGCCCACUGUUGAUUCGGUCUUGACUGGAUCAGGCGUCAUCCCAUCGUUGACGUGCCCACCAAGGGAUAGGUCACUUGGCAGCCUUUAAAGCUUUACCACGGCCAGCUUGCUUGCAGGCGCACCUUGCUCCUAACAGGAAGAGCGUGCAGUAAUUAUAGUGAUGAUGGCUACUUUACUGCAACAUAGAUAUAUCAUG